AUGAUGUACACCUCUCCCUAUCCGACGCCUCUCAUUCCCACCGAUGUCUCGGUGUCACAGUUCAUUCUGUCCAGCAAUCCAGAUGACACGCCUCCGGAGAAGCCUGUUAUGGGCUCUUUUCGCAAUCCAAAGCAGACUUUGACGUACUCAGAACUGCGAUUCCAUGCGGCUCGUGAUGCCACAUUCCUUAAGUCCUCUCUUGGCCUUCAAGAAGGAGAUUUGGUCUGCAUUCUGGCCCCAAACUCAGUCUCCUGGGCAAGACUUGUUCAUUCAGUUCUGUGGGCGGGUGGUUGUUUCUGCGGUGUCAACUCGAUGGCCACAAGUCACGAAUUGGUUCAUUACUUCAGCCUAGCAAGGCCUAAGAUUGUAGCUGUUGACGAAGAGUUGCGACUAAAGGUGGAGGCUGCCAUCAGUAGUCUUGAUAUGCCUUGGAAACCAAGCGUAGUUAUUCUUGACAAAGGAGGAGACUCGGCCAAGUCUAACCAUCCACGGUUUCCCCAUGUCAACUCUUCCAACGUUAGACCCGCGUCUCUUUUUGAUCUAUCAACGAGAGACAACCGCAAGGUGCAAGCAGGCAUGUGCUUCAGCUCAGGAACGUCGGGAAAGCCGAAAGGCGUCAUGAUAUCACACCACAACCUUAUCGCAUACCUCUUGACACUCCGCGCAACAAACCCAUUCACUCAUAACGCUUACAUGAGGGAAGCUUUCUUUCCGUCAUUCGCGCACAUUUACGGCGUUGUAUCUGGCGUGUUGCUUCCAGCUUGGGUGGGCAACUACGUUGAGCCGAUGGAAAAGUUCGAUUAUCUGCCCUAUCUUCGACGUUGCUCCGAGUUGAAGGCAACAGUCCUGAGGCUGGUUCCCACAGCGGCUGUCAGAAUGGUCAAGGACCUCGACAUUCACAACCUGGAUCUCACUUCCGUCCAUACGAUCAUGUGCUCUGGCGCAGCGCUUUCAGAUGCGACUAUCCAGGGGUUGCAGCGAUUACUCGGACCAAACACCAAGAUCUUGAACGGAUACGGUAUGAGCGAAACCACCAUCACCUUACUUCGGGAUACGAGGAGCGGUUCAAAGGGGGCGAGUGUAGGGAAGCCAGCCGCCGGAGUUUCAGUCCGAGUCGUGGACGAUGACUUCAACGAUGUCCCGGAAGGGACUGAGGGAGAGUGCUUGGUGAAGGCGCCGACGGUGUUCAUGGGAUACGCGAACAACCCGGAAGAGACGAGAGCAGCCUUCAAAGAUGGUUGGCUACGCACCGGAGACAUUGUGAGGGUCGAUGAGGAUGGGUUCUUCUGGCUGACCGGGAGAAAGAAGGAACUCAUCAAGUACAAGGGCAAUCAGAUUGCGCCGGCAGAGUUGGAAUCUGUACUCCUGUCACAUCCAUCGGUUCUGGAUUCAGGGGUCUGUGGUAUUCAGAGUGAUGCCGAUGGAGAGGAAGUCCCCGUCGGAUUCGUUUGUCUGGCAUCGUCUAUCGCGGAACGGGAUCGCCCAAGACUCUUGAAAGAGAUACUGCGCUACGUGGAUGAUCGUGUGGCUCCUUAUAAGAAGCUGAGAGGCGGUCUUUUCUUCGUUCGGGAGCUUCCCAAGAACAACUCGGGGAAACUUCUUCGGGGUGAGCUUGCCAAACUCGCGGAAGACGUCAAUGAAGUCAGAGCCAAAUUGUAA